AUUGGAUAUUGAAGGUCAUAUAAUGGCGCAUACAUUGAGAUUUCUUGUCCUUCGACAGCUUCAUUCAACGCCAACUCUUCAAGCUGGAGGGUUGUUUCGGGCCAGACGUCGAUUGCCUCCUGCUAACAAUGAGUGGGGACCUUUAACCGACUUGCCUGAUUAUGUUGUAAUAGGAAAGGCUAGCCCUCAAUUCACAAGCGCUGGUCAAAGGAGGCGAGCUGUUCAGCAAUACAAAACAGCUGACCAAAUUGUCCGGUUGUUAGGCGAAAUGAAGGAAACCCAGGAAAAGCACCUAAGAGAUAAAGAAUUUGAGGAGCGCAACAAAAAGAUACUAAAGGAGCAAUGCCUUCGAGAGAAAGGAAAUAGCAGUGUAUAAAGUACUUGCUAGCAAAAUGUUUUGCUAAAUGAUACUUGAUAUGUGGGUAUUUCUAAAGUACCGGUACAUGUUAUCUUCCUAUUAAAACAUUUUUAAUAAAUAGCUGUUCAGAU